CCCCUUUUCCCCUUUUCUAUCUGCCCCCCACUCGACCCACUAGCAAUGCAUUGGAAAUGCUGAUUUAUCAGCGAAAAGGCUCAGGUUCCAUGUCGCCAUUUAAGUAGUUCCAAAAGUCUUAGCAUUGCCUUGGGCUUUUUAACCUCAUCACUCCCCAACACCGAAAAUUAUCUUCCUCCUCAUCGGUUAUCUGUUGUUUCAUUCUCUUAUCCUUACGUCCUGAGGUUUGCUUUAACAACUCAUCAUGACUGUUGUUGGUGUUGCCGGUCUCACAGCUAAAUUUGCACAGUGUGUGGUCAAGGCACUACAGGAAUAUCCGGAUGUGACCAUCAAAGGUUUCUGCAGGAGCCCAAAGAAACUUCCACAGGCAGCCCUUGACAGUUACAACAUUGAUAUAGUUCAGGGUGAAUAUGAUGACGAGGACGCCGCUCAAGCCUUGGCUCGCGGUUGCGAUAUUCUCAUCUGCUGCUAUUACGGCGACACCGAUGUCAUGACUCGAGGCCAGAAAAUCCUGAUUGACGCGUGCAUCAAGGAAGGUGUUCCGCGAUACGUACCCAGCGAUUUUGCCGUCGACUACACCAAAAUCCCGGACGGCGAGCUAUUUCCAAAAGAGUCGGCCAAGAUCAUCAAGAAAUACUUGGUAGAGAAGAAGGUUAUGGGAGUUCAUGUUCUGGUUGGGGCCUUGAUGGAGACCUUCUGGAGCCCGUUCUUCCACAUAUUUGAUAGCAGCAAUGAAACAAUUAGCUACUGGGGCACGGGCAACGAGAAAUGGGAGCUGACGACGUAUGAGACCGCCGCGGCCUAUACCGCAGCUCUGAUAGUCGAUAAAAACGCCUCCGGUAUCUUUCGCUUCCGGGGGGAUUGCAAGAGCGCCGUGGAAAUCAAGGCAAACUACGAGAAAGUUUACCAAAGCCCCCUGCAUCUAAAGCGUCUUGGAUCCCUUGACGAGCUCUACAGCACCGUUAGAAGUCAGUUCGAGAAGGAUCCGAACGACGUAAUGACUUGGGCUCCUGGAUGCUUUGCGUAUUGGUGCACUAACGGAAUUGCAACCCUUGGGGAUAACCUUGACAGCCAGAAAUACCCUACCGUCGCCACAACCAAUCUCGAGGGUUUUUUCAGGAGUCACAAGAAAGAGGAUAUUCCUACGGCGGAUCAGCGCCUUGGGUUCUAGAUCACUACCCUUGACGUGUUAGUGGACAGUCCAGGUAUCAAAGAAGUGGGGAACUGUCGGCGUUCUCUCGUUAACUGGCCGGCACAACAGCCAGGUGGUGCCUUCAAU